GUCGCGACGCCCUCGGUCUACCGGCCGGACUGGACGAGAGAGCCGGCUCCGUCGUCACCAACUUCGUCAUCGUGUUCUCGUCCUCGUCAUCGUGCAAUGCGGAUCGCCAGCAAGCAGAGAACGUACAGACUAAAUGGGAAGGGGUACAGGAGGGCACGGAGGGUACCGCAUGGCGAGACGAGGUGGGGACCGGCGAGAGGUCGGGAAGGGAGGCACCGAUAUCGAACCGGCGGCGUCGACGACGGCGGUGGCCGUGGUGCGCGGCGGCCAGAGUGCAUUCCGUGAGCGGUAGAGACCCGUGUGUAUCGCCACAUACUCGCUAGAACGGCCGAUAUGCGUACGUCGUUGGUUCACUUGGUCGCUUGGACACUGGUCGACCGUUAACACAGUGUGUGAAGCAGCGUGAAAAAAAAAAAGGAAGAAAAAAAAAAAACGAAACACUGUGACAAUAUACUCAAGCAUUUUUCCUUGUUUCAAGUUUUUCUGAUUCGUUGUUUGAAAAUCGACCGCAGAACCGGCGAGAAACGAACUCGCAGAGACCAGAGGAGAGCAAGGCUGAUGUGCGUGGCGGUGGUGACGGUGCGCGUAGUAGGGUGUGGUGUGCGGGGAACAGGUGUCCACGAGCGUAGCUCGACCGUGAAACGACCGGGGGCCGGAUACAGUAGGUACACCGGCAUGUUUUUAGGCGUGAGGAACAACGGUGGAUAGAAAGACAGUGGAACAGGGGCCCGUGAGAACGGUGCGCUGAUAUACAUUGAGAGUGUUAUGUCGACGCCGCCGAAGGCAGGGAGUCCAGCCGGCGGUAGCCGGGCAAGCCCUGCCAGUCCAGGUACACCACGUGGCGGUCGACUGCGUGACAGGGUCAGCUUCUUCGAGCAGGUAUGGUCCGGUGGACGCGCAGGCAGCUCCGAGGAGCUGUUCCAGGAGAUCGAUGCCAGACGACACGGUCAGUUCAGGUCCCCGACCAAUCCUAGACCCUCUUCCAGAGCUAGCGACUCGUCGUUCGAGGAGAGCUUCGAGAGAUUGGUGGAGGAGGGCGAGUUGAACGGGGCGAAAGUGGUGAAGUUCGAGAAGAUCACUGUGAGAAAAAGUGUCCGAGAGUUUGGUAGCACCGGUGUGUCCCAUCACCAUCAUCAUCAUCGAAUUCCUACGGAGCCCAGUAGGACACCUAGUGAGGAACACGCCCUUGAGGACUCGGCCUAUCAGAGCCAUAGCCAUGGUGCGCCGAGUCACGGGAGUAAAUCGAGUUCGGUAACGUCGUUCACCAGGUUCCCAUCGGAAGAAGGCAACAGCCCUCAGCAGCAUCUAGGACCGGACGAUCGAACGCCCUCCGAGUGGUACGCCGAGUAUAGGACUCAGAGCUUCCAGAACUCGGCUAAGAUCGAAUAUGUUCGCAGUAAGAGCGAAUACGAUGCGCACAUCGCUGAGAUUAAAGAUGAACAAGAACGCGUACAAAAAAAGACUUUCGUCAAUUGGAUCAACUCCUACCUCUCGAAGCGAAUCCCGCCGCUACGCGUGGAGGAUCUGAUCGAGGACCUUAAAGACGGCACCCGCCUACUCGCGUUGCUCGAAGUGUUAUCCGGCGAGAAACUGCCGUUGGAACGGGGCCGUAACUUGAAGAGACCGCAUUUUCUCAGCAACGCCAACACCGCCCUACAGUUCUUGCAGAGCAAAAAGAUUAAACUAGUGAACAUAAACUCGUCGGACUUAGUCGACGGACGACCGCCAGUGGUGCUAGGCCUGAUAUGGACCAUCAUCCUAUACUUCCAGAUCGAGGAGAACACCAGAGCUUUGGAGUAUCUCGGUCACACGUGGGGCAGCCAGAGCAGCCUGGAGAGUCUCAGCACUCAGGGCUCGGCGGCCAGCGAGAGGAAACGCAUCAGCAGCGAGAAAUGGAAACAGGGGGCGAGGAAGACUUUGCUUCAAUGGGUCACCAACGCUUUGCCCAAGGAUAUAGGCAUCCAAGUUCGCGACUUCGGCGAGAGCUGGCGCGAUGGAAACGCGUUUCUGGCCAUCAUCGACGCUAUCAAGCACAAUCUGGUGAACAUCGCUGCCAUGAGAGAGGCCUCGAACAGGGCUCGCCUGGAGACAGCCUUCCAAGUCGCCGAAUUGGAGCUAGGCAUCGCGAGACUCCUCGACCCAGAGGACGUUGACGUUCCUCAACCCGACGAGAAGUCGAUCAUGACGUACGUCGCUCAAUUUCUACACAAAUACCCGGAACCAGGAUCCUCAGCAGCGGACUCUUUCGCAGCUGUGCAGCAGGAAUACGAUGCGUUAUUCAGCUGGCUCACUGAGAGGAUCAGACACCUGGAACAACUGGACAGAACCAAUUCCUUCCCACUAAAUUAUGGGGAUUACGUUGCCUUAAAGACAGAAGCUGAUCAGCAGCUGGUGGUGUACAAUAAGUUACAGCGUCUUGUCGAAACGCCUACUAUGAUUAGUAUUACCAGAGACUCUUGGAGACACAUACAGACCCUAUGGAAGAACUUCGAGAUUCUUAUGUUACACUGGCUCUGGUCCCUCGACUCCGCUCUACCAGGAGAGCUGGGCGAAGCUGGUAGAUGGCUCGCUCGCGCAGAGGCCCUUUUGACCUCCGACAACGACAUACCGGAAGAGAUGACAGAGGAAACGGCGAAUAUAAUUUCGAACAAAUUGGAGGAUCAUAAGAAAUUCUUCCUGGAUCUACCGUCGAUGGUGGAGCGGUUCCAGGCGGCCAAGAAUUCUCAGCUUGCCAUGCAAGUGCAGCCCCAACAGCUGAACAAUAUGGCGGCCCGGUUCGAGAGUCUGCCGGAUCGCGCCGCAAAACGGCGGAUCCGAUUAAAGUUCCUGGAGCACAAGUGUUGCCUUAUCGCCUUCUUGUUCCUAGUCGAGACGAAACUGAAAGGGUGGAGCGUAAAGUACGGCACCGAAGAGAAGGUGCACCAGAUGCUCGAACAGUAUAGGAACUUCGUGUCGAGGAACAGAAUCUUCCAGGAGUUCCAGAAGGCCUACUUGGACAUGCAGCAAGUCGUCGAGGACUAUAAACGUGAGGGCAGUGUUGAUCGAGAAGAAAGCCUAAGCAUCGACCGUUUCAUGAGAGAAACCAGUGAUAAGUAAGAAGUGGUUGCCUACUGGCGUCGAUGGAACGUCCUCUCAGACGAAUUCGAGAACUGGUUGAGCCGAGCGGAACCUGCCGUGAAUCUUCCCGAAGAAGAGAAAAUGGAGUUCUUCCAAGACAUCAGCGUUUGGAAGGAUAAACAUCAACAGUUAUCCGACACUGUCACUUUCCUGAUAGCCACAUCGGACGAACCGGUGGCUCUGCACUUGAAGCAGCGUUACACGAACCUCGCGUCAAGAUGGGAGUCCCUGUUCCAAGAGGCGAAACAGUACAUGCACGCUGGUGAUCUGAUACGAAACAGAAAAGAUUACAGGGCUGGAGUGGAGACGCUGCAGAAGUGGCUGAGGAACGUAGAGGCUGCUUUAGCAGCUACCGAUCUGACCACAACAGAGAAGAUCAAAGCUUACGGUGAGAAGCUUCAGAUGUUUCAUAACGAAGUGGAAGGUGUCGAGGACCUCUUUAAGAGCAUCAGCAAGAAGUUCCAGACGCUGAUCCAAGACCUAUCGCGUGACGAAGUGGACAAGAUGAUGAACACUCUCAAGAAAGAAAAGGAGUCAUUGGUCAAGGUUAGAGCCCUGAUACCGAUGCAACUGCACCUGUACCAUCAGCUACUUGUCCAACAGGAGUCCCUUGAGGCUGGCCAGAAAGAGAUAGCUGCCUGGCUGGACGAAGCAGAGAGAAUGUUGACGGGAAUAGAUCUUUCCGGAGGCAGGGAGCAUAUACUGGCACAGUUGGAUCGCCACAAAGCGUUCUUCUCGAGAACCCUCUAUUACAAAUCAAUGCUUGAGUCCAAGAACAAAGUCUUCACCAGUAUCGUCAAGUCGGUGGACAGCCACGCCGAUGUUCAGUCCGCGGAAGGUGGAAGAACAUUGCGAGAACUGAACGAACGAUUCAAUAGAGUUUCCCAAGCUGCUCAGCUCUGGGAACAACGUCUUCAGGAAGCUGUUAGAUGUUGGACCAAGUUCAAGGAAUGUGAAAGACAAGUCUCUGAAUGGUUGUCCGUAGCCGAGACCAUGAUCAAUGACAAGCACACCGAUAACAGACGGUCUAUAGAGUAUCACAAGAACUUCUUCAGCAACGUGAACGAGAAAUGGAUCCAGGACUUCGUGAAUGCUGGCCAGGACCUGAAAAACAUCCUGCCUGUCGAACAGCAAGGUCCAAUUCUGGACGCCGUGGAAGCUCUUCAAAGACGCUGGAAGGAAGUGCUCACGUUUGCGCCUCUUCAUCUCAUGAGACUCGAAUUCCGCUUGGACGAGACAACUUUCCUGCAGUAUCUCAAGGAGAUCGAGGUAGAGAUCAACUCUGAACAGCAGGCUCUGAUGAAGAACGACAACGUGGAGAGUAUCCUUCAACGUAACAGAGAGUUUUUCGUUGAUCGUGGCACUGUACUAGAGGUCGAGAAGUGUCUGCAGACCUUGAAAAAGAUCAGCAAUGCCUACAGCCAGCUGAAACCGAGUGACAAUAGCCUGGCUGAAGCCACACAGAACGCUGAACAACUGUGGGAGGUCUCCGCCCAGAGAGUGGAGAGUUUGAGGGAACAAUUGAAACAAGUGCCUCAGCAAUGGGCUGCCUAUAAGAAAAAGUUCGAUGAAAUGGUGAGAUGGAUGGACACUGUGGACAGCAACCUGAGGGCCAUACUUCAUGAAAUGAACACUUUGGAGGAGUUCGAAAAAGAGAGGAUGAUAUUCCAGACAAUAUGCCACGACGCUGACAAGAAGCGCGAAGAAAUGAAGUGGUUGGUGCAGACCCUUGAUAGCCUGACCUCCAAUCGUUCGGAUCACGAGGCUUUGAUGGAACAGAAUCGACUGGAGCAGCUUAUAACUCGCUACAAGAAUCUGAUCCCAACAAUAGAGAUCACAUUAACGAAAACCGAGAUCUACUCGAAGAGCUAUACCUACAGAAAAGAGGUUCGCGUGGUGUGCACACUACUGCACAAAAUUCGCGAACAAUCCAAGAUCGACGUGGUCGCAGAAAGCCCCGAGACCCUGCACAGCGCGGUCGCCCAUCAGGAGAAUCGAUUGAGCCAGCUGGAGCAGGAAAGAUCGAUAAUAGUCAGCAUGCUUCAACGAGGCAAGGAUCUUCUGAAGGAUCAACACGCGCCAUCGUUUGUCUCCCAGGAAGUUCAGCAGCUCGAGUCCAGCUGGAACGAUACUUAUGGACUCAGCGUGGAGACCCUGAAGUCCCUGAAGAGCUCUCAGAAAUUAUGGAACACCUACCUGGAACAGAAAGAGGAGAUCUUGAAGUUGAUCGAACAGGCUGAAGAAGAGUUAAGGAAGAUCGAGUCAGCCAGCUAUUACGAUGCCUCUCAAGUGUCGUCCGAUCUGCAAAACAAACAGGACUUCAGUUCAAGCUUGAGAAAGUCCGCGGAGGAGUUGCUGAAGAAGCUCCGCGAGACCUACGCCAGUCUGACGGACAUCGCUCCAACAGAGAGAAAGGAGAUCCUGAGGAAGGAAAUCACUCAGACCGAGAAGAAAAUAGAGACAACCAUGAAGACAGUCCAGGAGAAGGUGGUUUAUCUUCAGGAGCACAGCACAAGGUGGAAUAAAUUCCAGACGAAGCUGAAUGAACUGCAGCUCUGGACUCAGCAGAGUCCUCAGUCGAUUGCUGACGCUGAGAAUUUGUCUACCACGCCUGAAGAGAUGGUCUAUAGAACGGAGAGGAUUCAGAAGGAGAUUCAGGAAAAGAGCAAAACGCUGAAGUUCCUGGAGACUGAAUCUCAGAAGCUAGUAAAAGGUGACAGUGAAAGUGGCCCCGGCAAACAGCUCCGCGCUGACAUCAUAAACCUCGAGAAAACGCUGGAGGCACUGCAAAAGAGCAUCGUGGUCCAAAAGCAAACCGCUAAACAGAACCUAGACACGUGGAAGGAGUACGAGAAAGGAAUCCAAAAAUUCAAGCCCUGGAUCGAGGAAGCAGAAUCAAAAGCAGCCACAAUAGGCAGCAAACCGACGACCCUGCCUCAGGCGACUCAGAUGUUAGAAACCGCGAAAGCAUUCGAAGUCAGAUGCCAACAACACUUCCCCCAAAUUCAAGACCUGUCUUUGAUCAGCCAACGAAUCUCAGGAAAGACGUCCGCCUCGGACGAGGUGGACGCUGUUCACACGCGUUGGAACGCUGUCCAUGAUAUAGCAGUCCAAACGACAACGAAACUGGACAAGCUUGUCACGUCGUGGAACAGCUUCGAAUCGGAGAUCAAAGAUUUCAACGAGUGGCUAGAGAGGUCCGAGAAGGCGGUUCUGAUAGAGCCCAAUACCCAGACACCUGAAGUGUCGGUAUUGGAGAAGGAAUUGGCAAGGCUGAAGGACUUUAAUAAGACUAUAUCUGAUCACCAGGCUCAAUUAAUAUCGCUGACACAAGUGUCCGAUCACAUCAGCCACGGUUUAUCUUUAGAAGGAGCCACCAACUUAAAAGCUAGAGUAUCAGACAUCAAGUCCAGGGUCAGCAAACUGGCGGACACUGUCAGAUUACAGAUCAACAAGGUCUCCGAUUCGCUUUUAGCACGCCAAGAGUUCCAGAUGAAGAUCGCCGAUUUCGAGAACUGGAUGUCACGAUUGAGGUCAAAUAUCGCCGAGAUCAGCGAAGCUACCGUGGACACCGUCGACACCAACCUUCAGGCGGUGCACGCGUACAUUCAAGAACACUCUGAGAAACAGCCUAGUUUCGCUGCUAUUUACGAUGAGGUGAAACAACUAUCGGCAAAGGGAUCGGUUAUGGAGGCAGCAGCCCUGGACGAGACGUAUACCACCUUGGCGAAGAAGUACAAGGCGCUGGAGGACGAUCUGAGGCAGAAAAAGAAGGGUCUGGAGAAGUGGAUCGAGUUAUUGAGCUGGUUAAAUGACGCCAAUGCUCAACUGAGUCAUUGUAAAUAUGAAGCAGAAGCAAGAAAGCCAACUAUCGCAGAUUUGGAGAGAUUUUCUUCUGAGCUACAAAUUAUAUAUGAUAAAAUAGAUGGUUGGAAGCAACACGUGAUGCCCGACAGUGCUGUUGGUAUCCAGAUUCGAGACAAACAAGGCAAACCUCUGUCCGCAUCUGGCUUGCUAAAUGACCUAGAGAACAAGGCUUUGUCUCUGAAGAAUGAAAUAUCUGCCAAACGCGACAGACUGGAGAAUCUAGGUGCCAGAUGGAACAACUUCAGGACCCUGCAGCAGAACAUAACGGAGAAGAUACUGAACACUCAGACAGCUCUUCAAGAAGCUGUUUACAAUGUAGAUUCGUGCAAGCAAUUGGCCCCUGCGGUGGACAAGAUAGAUCAACUGAUCGAGGAACACCAGAAGAGGGAACAGGAGAAAGAAAUUCUUCACUUUGAAGGUAGCACCCUAAUGAAAGAAGAUCAAAGAUCGACGACUAAUAUACAAGUCGUCCUGUCUUCUGUCGACGCCAAUUGGGAGAAAGUAAACGAGCUUCUCCGAGAACAAAGGAAGAAGUAUGCUGACAUGAAUACAGACUGGAAGGUCUACGAAGACGCUAGGCAGAAGUUGAAGAAGUCUAUUGAAGAGGCGAAUAAUCUGCGUCAGUCUGCCAAGGGCACUCCCUAUGAUAUUACUCAAGCGAAUAUAAGUCUGGAGAAACACAAGAAGGCCCUAGAAGCACUGAAGAAAGGGAAGCAAUUCUUGGAUAAGAUGGACUCUAAAGCCCAGCAACUGAUGAAAGAAGCUUCUCUGAUGCCUAGAUUCAAUUCUGAUUUGAUCGAGUCUGAUCUGACUGAAAUGAGGCAACAGUAUCAGGACAUUUACAACGAUAUCAGCGAAAAAUUGCAGGCAUACGAGACUCAAGUGAUCAUGUGGAAGCAGAUAGAGGAGUGCAAGUCCGAGCUGACUAAAUGGUUGACGAACACAAACGAUGCUCUGACUAGCGCUAGCGAUCGUCAGCUGGACGCCGAAAACUGUCAAGCAAGAUUACUAAGGUAUCGAGAAGAGCUACCGACUUAUCAACAACUCUACCAGAACAUUGUCAGCAAGAUCGAGCAACUGGUCAAGGUGAACAACGAAACAGACAUCCCAACCUUGACUUCUUUGCGGAAGUUAUUAGAGGAUCAGUUUAAAGUGGUCAAAGCGUCGGCUGAUAAGCUAGAAUCGUUAACAUCGACGAUGAAUGAACGCGAAAGGACGAUCAGGCAAGAGAUGAAGAGGUGCGGCGAUCUAAUAUCCAAGAUACGAGAGGACAUAAUCAAAUGCGACGAUUUAACCGGUGAAAACACGAGGAUUCUCGGCCGAAUUAACAAGUGUCAAGAAUUGAAAACUGACCUGGAACAAUGCGAUUACGCUUUGUCGAAGGUCGAGGAGACCCUGACGAAGAUGUCCGCGGAAUAUCCAAGCAUUUCGCGAUCGAGUCUGCCCAAGGAGCUUCAAGCUCUACAGCUUCGAAGAGACGGUGUGGCCAGCCACGCAAAUAAAGUGAUCGCAACUUUGGUUGCAUUCUUGACGAAACUCUAUCACGAGAAGUUCGGAGCUCUUCAGCGUAUGGUGGUCACUCUCAAGGAAAAGGUGGCUUGGUGUGAGCCCGAGCAAAGCAGCGAUCGCUACAACCUGGAGGUGAAAAUGGUGUCCCUGAUGGACGUCGAAGCUGGUAUCGCUGAUUGUACCGCGAGAAAAGAGGACACCGACAAGUCCUUGAAACUUCUAGCCUCGGUCGAAAGCGCCGAAACGAUGGCCAUUUUGCAGGCUGAACGUGACAGAGUGGACGUUGACCUUGAAUCCCUUAAAUCCAGUUACAGUAAGAUCAAGACCGACCUGGAGAGGAACAUCGCCCUUUGGCAGCGUUACGAACUCACAUCAGAAAACGUUCUGACAUGGCUGAAGGAGAACGAGAACAAAAUCAGGGCCGAAGCAUCGGCGUUGCUGAACCUGGACGACAUCGAACAGAAGAUCGCCGAGAUGACUGAAGUGCAGAAGACUGUGAUGGAGUACCACAGCGAACUGAAGGAGCUGACUGCUCUCGCGGAGGAUAUCACCAAGGUCAGCUCGGAGUCAAGAGUGAAUCAGUACAUAGCGCAUCUGAACACUCGUUACGAGUACGUGCUGAAGUUCCUGGCCCAACAUCUGAACAGACUUCGUGAACUGAAAGGGAACCGUGAUCAGUACACGGCGAACAAGAAGAAGCUAGAAAAUUGGAUCGGGAAAGCGGAGCAAAAGCUGAGAGUCUUCGACGAGAUCACCGGGCCUAAACCUAUCACGUUCUAUCAGUCACGUCUGAAGGAGCUGAAAGCUUUCGCCGAGGAGAGAGAAGUCGGUCAGGCGAUCCUCAAUCGAACUGCUGAAGCUGGAGAGGCUUUGUUCGCGAGGAUCACGCCUGAUCAGAGAGAAAUGAUCAGGGCCGAGCUAAGGAAUUUCCGAAACCGUGUGGACGCAAUGGCAGAUCGUGCAAACGUGAUCUACAAGAAGAUAGAGAGCGACAUGAUGCACAGAUCCUCCUUCGAAGACAAGUUCUCCCAGGUGAAACAAUGGCUCACGGACGCACAGAACAAGUUAGGGGAGAAACAGGAACUGCUGCCGACUCUUCAAGAAAAGAAACUAGCUCUUCAUCUGUAUAGAGCCGUCGCGCAGGACGUUAGUGUCCACAAAAACAUCCUGCAACAGCUUCAGGAAAGGCUGAGCACAGCUCCUGAUGAUGACGCGAGUGAAAUGUUGGGUAGCGUCAUCGAAGCUUACGAGAAACUGUCCAACGAAGUGGAAGGAAGAAUAAACAUCGCUGAGAAACACGUGUCCAAUCACGAGGCCUAUCUUCAGACCUUCGAGAAGACUCGUGACUGGAUCAGCACGGUUAUAAACGAAGGAACCCCGAUCGUAGAGGAUUUUUCGGUGGAUCGGGACACCGCGCAGAAUAAAAUCGUUUCGAUAGAGAAUCUGCUGCAACAGAAGGCCGAAGGUGACAGGAUUCUGUCCGAUUGCAACCAGCAAUUGAACAUUGUCCUCGAACAGACAUCGAUACCAGGACACCCGGCUCUGUUGACGAGCUUCGAGCAGCAGAAGAAGAUCUGGGAGGAGUUCCUGAAGAAAUGCGAGGCCGCUAGAAAUAAAUUGAAACAAUUGUUCGAUCAGUGGUCGGAGUUCGAGAAGAUCGUGGAGGGUCUAGAGGCCUGGAUCAAGCAGAUGGAGACUCAGCUGAAGGACCAGAGCCUGAAGAGCACCGAGGAGGCCAAGAAGGCGCACUUGCAGAAGCUUAAAUCUCUGGAGGAGAGUAUCCUGGCGAAGGGGGCAGAGUUCAACGCCGCUAUCGAGAAGAGUCAGAACAUGGAGGCCGAGGCAGAUCUAGCUAACAGGGUGUCUAGGCAGACGACGAAGUACCAGGCUGUCAAGAAUCAGAUAAAGGAGGCGGUGAUGCGGUACGAACAAUUUGUGAAGGAGCACAACGCGUUCAAUGGAAAGUAUAACCAGCUGUUGCAGUGGAUCAAAGACAUUCAGUCGGAGCUGAAGAAGCACAGUGAGAUCGUGGGCGAUUUAUCCGUGCUGCAAAGCAGACAGAAGCAUAUUCGUGACCUGGGCGACACCAGGACGAAGGAGAACGCUCGUUUCGAAUCGGUGAUCGACCUCGGAGAGAAACUCUACGGCCACACAUCUCCGGAGGGUAGAGAGAUCAUCCGACAGCAGUUGAGGAACUUGAGGUCGCUCUGGGAUGGAUUCUCCGAGGAUCUACAGAACACUAUGCAGAAACUGGAUCAGUGUUUGAUGCAAUUCGCUGAAUUCUCGUUGUCACAUGAACAGCUGACCGCCUGGCUCAGGGAUGUCGAACGAGCUAUGCAUCAACACACUGAGUUGAAGUGUACCUUGGAGGAAAAGAGGGCUCAACUACAGAACCACAAGAUCAUGCACCAAGAGAUAAUGUCUCAUCAGUCUCUGGUCGAGUCCGUCUGCGAUAAAGCUCAGCAACUGGUCGAUCAGACCAAGGACACGUCCCUGAAUGUUUUCUUACCUUCUAUCAAGCAACUGUUUCAUAACAUUGUGGCCAAAUCGAAGGAUUUGCUCGAAAAUCUGGCUGACUGCGUGGAGAAGCACAAUCGCUUCAACCUGCAGGUGAAGAGCUUCUCUGAUUGGCUGAACAGCGAAAGGGAGAAGCUCGCCGAGUGCAACGACGUUACUGGAGAACGUACCGAUAUUUCCCGUCGACUGGCCACUUUGACGGUGCUGAAAGAUGAUCAGAUGCUGGGUGCUGAGCAUCUUGGAAAAUUGAAGGAGCUCAGCGACGCAGUAAUUAAGAGGACCGCUCCUAAGGGUUGGGAUGCCAUUAACAAAGAGAUCACUGUUCUAGAGAGUAAUCUUCGUCAGUACCUGAGCGAAAUAGAAUCUGUGGAAGACAAACAGAAGGCAGCUCUGCAGAAGUGGCAAGACUUCGAAGACAAACUGGAAGCGCACACGAAGUGGUUCUGCACGAUGGAGGCUGCAUUCAGAGAUCAACAACUGCAGCCUACCUUGAAAGACAAGGAAGCUCGGUUGCGUGCUCUAAAGGAGAAACGCGACGCCAUAUUGAAAGAGGAGUCCAAGAUCGACGAAUUCGUCGACAAGUCCCACAGUUUGCUGCAUGCUAGCGGCGUCGAACGAAUAAAGCCGUUGAUCUCUCAAAUUAGUAACAGGUACCAGCUGCUGCACGUGCUCAGUAAAGAGGUGGUCACUCGUUGUCAGAGCAUCGUGGACGACCACCGAGCCUACGAAGACAAACUAAAGGCUUUUGACGCCUGGCUCACUCAGCUCGAGCAAAGUUUGUCGGGUCUGAAGACUGACGAGACCGGUGGAAACCUGGAGGAAAAGGUCUCGCGUCUCCAGAUACUCCUUGCUGAGAAAGAACAAGGCGAACACCGUCUGGGUAGUCUGGUCUCCUUCGGGGAAAGGAUUCUGGCGGACACUUCAGCGCAAGGGCGAGAGCUUAUCCGCCACGAAUUAAGACAGGCCAGGGAACGAUGGGACAAACUGGUCGAGGGAAUAUCCGAGCAACAGAAGAAACAAGACGCUCAAUCGUUGCAGUGGUCCAACUACCAGGAGACUCUGCAGCAGAUCCUAGCCUGGUUGGAUGCCAUGGAAAGAUCCGUGAAGCAAGAUUCGUCGAUCACCUGGUCCUCCCUUCAGGAAAUUAAAUCGAGGCUGUUGAAGAGCAAGGCGAUGCAUCAGGAAAUCUUAGCCUACAAACGCAUCAUCGAAGGCGUCUCCGAGAAAGCCAAUGCGCUUACCCACGCUGUCCAAGCGCCGUCAGACGCUAAACAAAAGGCGGCCUCGGUCUCUGGAAGAUACGAAGGCCUGGUCGACAUGUCACAGAAGAAUAUAUCGAACCUGGAGACACUUUUGGACACCUUCCAACAGUUCUACGACCUCCAGAAGUCCUACCAGGACUAUCAGAAGCAGCAAUGGGAACAAUUGGCCAAUUACAGCGAUUACACCGGCAAUAAAGCUGCUCUGCAGGCUCAACUGACUAAAAUCAUGGAGCUGCAGGAUGGACAGAGGGAAGGGGAGCUGAAGUUGAAUAUCCUAAGCGAGCACGUCGCGCAGAGCGCUCACAAUUUAACACCGAGGUCCUUGGAGUCUAUGGAGAGGGAUCUGGCUACGUUGAGAUUCGAACACAAGAAAUUCGCCACCGCUGUCACAGACAUUAUCAGGUGCAUCGAGGAGAGGAUUCAGCAAUGGAGCGAGUACGAGAACUCGUUGGAACGUCUGCUGGCCUGGUUGGCUGACGCGGAGUCUUCCUUGAAAAACUAUUCGUUGAAGAAUACACUCGACGAGAAACAGGAACAGCUUGAGAAGUAUCAGAUGUUGAUCGUGAAUCUACGGCAAAACGAGGCAGAAUUCGACAAGAUGAGCGACGAGUCAUCCGAACUGAUGCAGAUCAGUGGUGAGACCAGGUUCUCCGCGAGUGUUCAGCAAAUCACAUCCCGUUUCCAGUCUAUCCAAUCCACAGCCAAGGAACUAGUUAAGAAGUGUGAGCAAGCAGUGGCAGACCACGCAGCCUAUCUAGAACGCUACAAGCAAUGCUCUGAAUGGCUAGCCAAUGCGAGGACCGCCUACCAAUCCAUCAAAGACGACAUCAGCGGCACUCGUCAGGAACUGACUUCCAACGUGUCGACCUUAAAAGACCUUCUGUCACGUCAAUCCUCAGCUAACCUGUUGAUAAACAACACGGUAGAAGCUGGAGAACGUCUAUACCCGACUACCGGGAUGGAGGGCCGAGAAAUCGUUCGUCAGCAACUGUUGGACCUCCAGCAGGCCUUCGAAGAGCUAUACGACAGCAUCGCGUCGACCGAACGCGAGCUACAAUCGAAGAUCUCGAGGUGGUCCGGGUUCGACGAAUCCAACGAAGCUUUCGAGAGGUGGCUCAGAACCAUCGAGACCCAACUGAAGCCAGAAAUCGAGCUGAAGACCACGUUGGACGAGAAACGUGCACAACUACAGAUCUAUCGUACGUUCUUACACGAUGUCCAAUCGCAUCAGCAGGACCUGCUCGAUCUUCGCGACAAGGCAGAUAACUUACCAGAUUCGACCGACAAGGUACACCAGACCCUCAGGAAACUGAACGAGAGACACGCAGCCGUAUUGAAACGCGCUGCUGCUUUCGUAGAAAGGUACGAAGGAAUCGUAAGCGAUCAUCAACAGUACAGCAAAGCUGUCCUAGACACCCACGAGUGGCUGGACGCAACACACAACGCAGUGAUCCUAUGGGGCGACACUGAACUCGAACGAGUGUCCCUUCAUACGAACCUCGAUCGCUUACUGAACCUCCUGCGGAAUCUACCCGAAGACACACCCAGGGUCGAGCAGAUAGCGAGUUUAGGCAAGAAGGUGAUACCUGGUACUUUGGAGUCUGGACAGAUCAACAUCCGCUCGCAGAUAGACUCCUCCCAGCAAGAGUUGCAGAGCUUGGUCACAGCUGUCGAGUCGACCAUAGAGAGUCUGGAGAAUAAGCUACAACAAUGGAACGAGUUCGAAACGUCCAAGGAAAGAUGUCUAGCCUGGAUGAGGGAAACUGAUACCAAGCUCCACGCAGUGGACUUGAAAGCUACUCUCCAGGAGAAGAAAGAUCAGUUGGAGCUGUUGCGUACUCUUCAGGGUCAGGUCCGCGCGAAAGAGCUCGAAAUCGACGCUGUUACGGAGAAAGCUCAGCAGCUACACAAGAAUCUCACUUCUCGGACGACACAGAUGUCGGAACUGAGCAUCAAGUACCAGCAGAUCUCGAACAAGGUCAAGGACCUCAACAGCCGCUGGCAUCAGUACGUCACCACUCAUCAGGAAUUCGAUAAUCAGGUGGCUGAUUGCACCAGGUGGUUGGAUGACAUCCGGAAGAAGCUGGCAUACUGUUCAGAUCUUGGAGCAUCUUCGCAGAAGGACCUGGAGAACAAGAUGGAGAUUGUUCAAGGCUUAUUACUGUACAAGGAGGAUGGUUUCGCGAAGGUUCAGGGAAUCGUCGAAUUGGCUCAGGCUGUUCUAGCAAACACUGCGCCAACCGGUCACAAGGCUAUAAACGACGCGGUUGGAAAGCUACAGGAACAGUGGAGCGCACUGGCUUCGAAGAUGCUGGAGACCAAGACCAAUCUCGACGACUCCAUCAACAAGUGGGCUGGACUCCUCGAACAGAUCCAAUCUAUGAAUAAAACAGUGGACUAUAUGCAGUCGGCUCUCAACGACAUUCUGCCCUACCAGACCACCAUGUCCGAAAAGAGGUGUCAACUAGAGCGUAUAAAGGCUCUCGAAGAGAAAGUUCGUUGCGAGAACAUCGAAGUGGACAGCCUGAAGAUCAAGGUGGCGGAGAUGAUCGCCAGUGGACCUCAAGGUUUAGCCGCUUCUCAGGCUCAGGGUAUCUUGAACAGAUUUGACACAUUGUUCGAGAAGAUUAAGUCACUAUUGGCUGAAAGGGAGGAACAGUAUAAAGAUCAUAGACUCUAUAAGGAGGCUCAUGACGACAUAAUAAACUGGUUGAGCAGAGCUCGUGAGAAGAUCCCGUCCAUGAAGCAGAGACCUCUCAGCGAUAAACUGGCGAUAGAAAACGCUGUGGCCCCGUUGGAGAGCUUGUUGAAUAAGAAAGCUCAAGGUGAACUGUUAGUGGAGCAUCUUCAACACACUGGAAAGGUUGUCUGCGCCAGUACCAGCCCGCAAGGUCAGGAAAUCAUCAAGAACGAGGUGAGGGCUUUGACGGAGAGCUUCGAGGAGUUGUUCAAAGAUAUCAAGCAACAGAAGGACCAACUGGAGAAGACAGUCAGCCAAUGGCGCGACUACAAGGACGAAUACGAGAGGCUCAGCGACUGGCUGCAGCAAUUCGACAUCCUCAUCAAGGCGCAGAAGAACUCCCUUCUACCAAAUGUCGCUGAGAAAGAGAAGCAGGUGCAAGAGGUCAAGGAGAUUCUGGAGAACUUGCUGAAGGGUCAAGAACAAAUCGACAGAUUCAACAAGACAGCGUCGGGUCUGCUUUCCUCCCACCUGGACACCUACGUAAACAAUCAACUGCGUCACCUGAACUCCCGAUACCAAGUCCAGGUGAACCUAGCCAAGGAUGUAUUGAACAAAGUCGAAACCAAUCUGGCCCAACACAAAGAGUACGAGGCGAACCUAGCUAAGACACACGCGUGGAUCGAGAACGCAAAGCAGAUAAUUCGCAAAGGGACCGAGGCAGCGUCUACCAGCAGCAGAGAAGAACUACAAAACAGAUUGGAUAACAUUCAGGAACUUUUGCGAAAACGAGAGGAAGGUCAGAAUUUGGUGCAUCUGACUGUGAAUUGUGGGGAGAAGGUGAUGCGAAACACCAGGUCUGACGGUCGCGAGGAGAUCAACGCGCAGCUGAAGGAGAUCCAGAACGACUGGGAGAGGCUGGUGAAGAAAAUCUCGACCACGAAAGUUCACCUGGAGACGAGUCUUCUUCAAUGGGCUGACUAUAGCUCCUCUUAUCUGCAACUUCAACAAUGGAUCAACGAUCGCGAGGCAAAACUGCAACAGGUCUGCGAACAGAAGGUGUCCAAGGCUAGAAAAGGCCUAGCUGGCCUGAGUUCCCUGGCCAUUGGUGAAAGGAAGGCGAACUUGAGACAGACGAACAGUAUUGUUCAGGACAUCGUCGCCUUCGAACCGAUGAUACAAUCUGUCACAACCAAAGCGGAGGAUCUUCGUCAGGCCACGCCAGCCACCGAGAUCUCGAUCAAAUACGAAACACUCAGCAAACAGGCGCAGGAGUUGUACGCUAAGCAGAAAGAGACCGUCGAGCUGCAUCAGGCCUUCAUCGACAGCGGGAACGAGUUCAUUCAGUGGAUACGGGCGGCCAAGGAGAGACUUGGAAAGUGCUCUGAACCGACUGGCGAUAAAGAGUCACUGGCUAAUAAAAUUACACAGCUGAAGGUUCUGCAGAGUGAGCUUCCGGAGGGACAAAAGAAGCUUGAGCAUGCUUUGGAGCAGGGUAACGCGGCGUGUCAGAUCGCGUAUGACGAGGACAAGGAGAUAAUCGAAGAGGAAGUGGCGUUGUUGCAAGAGGAGUACGACAGCUAUGUGGACUCGCUGAACAACACUAAGAGCUUGCUAGAGAUAGGUAUAGUUAAGUGGACCGAGUACGAAGACCAAUUCUCCGAAGCUACCGAGUGGCUCACGCAGACCGAACAGCUGGUGCAGUCCUUCAAUAAGCUGCAAGACAGCCUGGAAGAGAAGAAGAAUGUCCUGGAACAGUUCCAGAUUCACCUGCAGACGUUGUUCGAUUGGCAGAAGGAACUAGAUCGUUUGAACAUGAAGGCUCAGAUGUUGCUUGAGACAUGCGCCGACACUAGAAUCUCUAACGCGAUCACUCAGCUGACUACGAAGUACAAUGCGUUGUUGUCGCUCGCGAAGGAGAUCAUGAGACGUUUGGAGCUCCAUUACCAGGAACACCAGCAACACAACACUCUCUACCAAGAAUGCCAGGACUGGAUCGAGAGAACACGAGACAAACUUGGCGAAUGCAAAGAAAUUCCUAGCACCCUAGCCGAAGUAAACAACAAAUUACACACAUGCAAGGCCAUCAGGCAGACCCUAGAGCAAGGCCAGAACAAGCUGAGAUACGCUCUCGAGCUAAAAGAGAAGGUGAUCAUGAACACGGAACAAAAUGGGGCGGCGAAGAUUCAGGAAGACACGGAGAACCUGAAGACAGAGUUCGAGAGGCUGUUAGUCAACGUCGAGGACAUUAGACAGAAACUGUCAGCGAGAGCCAGCGCGCUGGAAGAGCUGAACAAGAUCCAUAGGCUCACCACGGACUGGAUCGAGGAGAUCGAGGGAAAGAUUCAGCCUGGAGAAAUGUACAAGAACGAUCUCAGUGAAAAACGUGCUGUCUUAGAGAAGUAUAAAACAGUUCAGAGGGAUAUUCAAGGCCAUGGCGAGACCGUGGAUCGUUUGAAGGCUCGUCUUGCAGAGGAUUCUAGUAUUCCUGUUGGUCCAUACCAGUCGACAAUCGCGAAGUACGACGAACUGAAUAAACUUAUUGCCGAAAAAAUACGGAAUCUGGAGGAGCAGGUAAACGACCACGAGAAGUUCCAGCAAGCACUGAACGAAGCAUCAGACUGGGUCCGUCACACGAAGCUGGAGCUUCAACAGCACUGCGAUACCCACGGUGAAAAGGAUCGGAUCAUCGAGCGGGAGAGCAAGGUCAACCAAAUCAUUGCCUCUCUUCCUAGGGGCGAAACCUUGAUCUCGAAAGUGAUCCAGCUCAGCGACGGAGUGAUUGCCAGUACUGGACCAGAAGGCCAGGAAACGAUCAAGCAGGACGUGGAGCAGCUUCAGACCAACUGGAAGUCAUUGCAGGCGCAGUGUCAUCAGUCCCAGAAGACCUUGUCCAACUGCAUCUCCAGCUGGUCCCAGUUCACCGCCGCCUUGGACAGCAUGAAGAGGUGGAUAGAUCAUUUUCAGAAGAAGGUGAACGACGAACAAUCGAAAGAGAACAAGACCCCGGAGGAUCUGGUUCGUUGCAAGAGUCUCGUAGAGGAAGCUAUCCAGCAGAAGCCUGUACUUGAGGAUCUGAACGACAAAUGCGAAGCUUUGCUGGAGAUGAGCGCCUGCAGCUGGGCCCGGGAUAAAACCGUGCAACUGCAGUCGGCUUACACAUCAUUGUUGACGGACAUGCAGGGUCUGGUAUCGAGGGUGGAAAAGAAUCUGUCAGACCACACGGAGUUCCUGAAAGCAAAGAAGGAGAUGGAGGACUGGCUGCGCAUCGCUCGUGGCUCCGUGCAGGAUUGCAUGGGCGUCGGUGACGCUGAGUGGGCGAAAGAUAAACUGGAGACCAUUAAGAUCGUCGCAACUCGAAUUACCGAGGGUCAACACCUACUCUCGACGCUACAAAACGCCUUCACGAAGGCGAUCGAUACCGCAGUGCCGGCGCAACAGGAGCAGUUAAGAUCAGACAUGGCUGGGCUUCGUUCCAGUUGGGAGCAGCUGAGCAUAGAUCUGAACACAGUCCAGGCUCAGUUGAAGUCUCUCUUGAACCGAUGGGACGACCACGCCGAGGCUCACGGAAAGCUAAAGCUCUGGCUGGAGGAUACCCAGAAGAGUAUACAAGAGAUACCAGAUACUAAAGGAGAGUUCGGUGACAUGAAGACGAUGCUGGAACGAUACAAGCACAUCCAGGAGGAAGUUCGAGGCAAAAAGACCGAGCUGGACCACCUGAUGGAAGAAGCCAGUGAACUGUCCAAGUUAGCGAAGAAGAACACACCUGUGGAUCAAACGGGGGAGCUGCUGAAACUCUGGCAGAGCUUGAGCGAUCGUGUGGACGAGAGGAAGAAAAUGAUAGAGAACGAAAUGCAGGAGUACAACGCUUAUCACGCGGCUCUGCAGGAGACUGAGAAAUGGUUGCUGCAGAUAUCCUUCCAGCUGAUGGCCCACAAUUCCCUCUACAUCACCAACAAAGAGCAGACCGUUGCGCAGAUCAAGCAACAUGAGAGUCUACUUGGGGAGAUCGAAAAUUACACGAGCGUCCUGGACGAUCUAAAGGUGAAGGGCAACGGGCAGAUCGAUCGCUACGUGGCCGUGAACCCAGAGAUAAGAAAUCUCAUCGAGACGCAGCUGCAGAAUGUGCAAGAGAGCUACAAUUCGCUUCUGAACACUGCUCUGCAGAUCAAGAAACGACUGGCCGAGUCUCUGGUGAAGUUCCAGGACUACGAGAACACUCUGGAGAGUAUUAUGAGGAACUUGGACGUGUACGAACCAGAGAUCGCACAGGAGAUGGACGCACCCAUGGACAGUCUCGAGCAGGCGAAGGAGAGAUUCGAGAAUGCACGCGCGUUGCACAAUAAGCUGCAAGGCGAGAAGACUCGAUUGGCUCUAGCUGUUGAAGCCUGCGAGGCUGCGGUAGCUUGCGUGUCCAGGCCUGGAAGUCCACUGGAUGCACCACCUGUGCAGAUUCCAGCGAGGGAGGUGGAAGUCAGGACCAAAUUAGAAGAACUGAUCGAUCAGGCCCAGGGACAUCUGAUGAACGUCACGAAGGCCGUAAACGAACUAGAAGAGCAGACCAGGCAGAAGAAUGCCCUUCGAGCCUGGAUAAACCAGCAGCGAGCUCUCUGCGCCGAAUGGAAGUCACGGCCAGCGAAACUGCGAUCCGAGGCAGCCCACGCUGAGCUUCAGGCGAUGAACGAUCUUCUAGGGAACGUCGGAGAGCGCCGAAGUCACGCGAUGACCGACCUCGCGCUCCACGAAGACGACCAGGACAUCGAGGAAGGCCUGAAUAAACUGGAGACCGAGCUGAUGGACGCCAUCGCCGGGAAGCAAGCGGCCCAGGAAUUGAUUCAGAAGUAUCGAUCGCAGGUGCAAAACAUCCAGUCCUGGUUGGACGCUCUGUCGAAGAAGGUCGACGUGAUCGAGAAAGGUAACGGACAGACAAUCGCUCAGAAGAUAUCGAACGUAAAGGAGAUCACCGCCGAGUUCGAGUCCCAAGGGCCUGGCAGACUGAGCGAGGUGAAGAGCCUCGGUGAUCAAGUGAUGGACUCCGUGAGCAACCUGGACUCCCAGCAGAUCGAAGAGCAGAUCAAAUCGGUGGAGAGGAGGUACGCAGACAUCGCCAAGAAGCUUCAGCGAAAGGCACAAGUCUUGGACAUGACUGCCCAAGGUAUCGAUGCCACCAGGCAAGAGAUAGAAGAGAACAGGGACUGGAUACUGCAGAAGAAACAGCAGGCCCAGCUGACCGAACCUGUUGGCUACGACAGCAAACUGGCGGAGGAGAAGCUUCUUGCUCUGAAGGCUCUGCUGAAGGAAGCCGAAGGCAAACAAAUGGUGAUCGACACGCUGGAGAAACGAGUCGGUAACAUGCAAAACGAACUAGAAACCAAUGAGCAACAGCAGCUAGAAAACGAGACGAAGGCCCUGCGUGGAGAACAAGCAGAACUCUGCACCAUCUUGACGGAAGGAAUCUCGAGCGCAACGGCUGCAGCCGACGCUCGUCGCAAGUUCGAGGGUGAACUAGAUCGCGCGAGAGCCUGGAUCAAGUCCAAGAGCAACAACCUGAAGAAACUGAGCGGUUACCUGCCGUUGAAGGCGGCGAAAGUCGAGCAAGACAUCGCGCAACACGGAGAACUUGAGGCAGACAUCGAUUCCUUCAGCGAGAAGGAUCUGAACGAUAUCUUGAAGCAGGGGAACAAUUUGCUGAAGGAAUGCCGGGACGAGGAUCGUGCUAAAUUGGAAGCUAUCCUAGAUGAGCUGAGCAAGGAUUACGACGAGCUGAAGAACGAAGCGAACGAGAAACAGGCGGCUCUGGCGGAUCUUCUUCAGGGACGAAAAGCGUUCGAGAGUGAGAUCGACAAGUGUCAGAGGUGGAUAAACGAGGCUGAAGUUGCUACCUCCUCGGAUCUGAGGUCUUCCAGUAUCGAUAUUCUGCGAGAACAGCUUGCCAAGUACGAUCGUCUGAAGAAGGAGGCUAAGGAAUACGCGGACGACAUCGAGAAAAUCCUCCAACAAGGAAAAUCCAUUCUCCCAACGGUGAGCGACGCGGACAAACUCGAGCUGAACGAACAGCUGCAAAACAUGAAGGAAGCGCACGGCAGAGUAGCCGGGAUAAUAAACGAACGAGCUCAGGCUCUUCAGAAGAGCAUCGACGAGGCCGAGGAAUCGUUAGCUCGAGUCGCUGAAGCUGUACAGUAUAUGACAGACGUCCAGAAGGAACUUCACGAGCUGAACAAGCCCAUAGGUUCUCGAGUCGAGGACGUCGAAGCCAUGCUGGACGCUUACGAGAGGAUCUUGAACGACCUGACAGCGAACAAGGCGAAAUUAUCUGACUUGGGAUCGGUUAAUGUCGCAGAUCUUCAUGGUGUGCUGACUCAGCAGGACGAUCUCAUAAAGGCCAUCGAAGCCCAAAUAGCAAAACUUCGUCAAUUGCUGCUGUUACGACAGCAGUUUAUCGCUUUGAUCACCGAGAUUACGACCUUCAUUGCCAAGUACACGGAAAUCGUUCGGGACAUCGAGAAUUCCGGUCAGCCUAUAGAGGAGAAAAUCCGAAGGUACGAUGACGCGAUCCUCAAAAUUCAAGAGUGCGAGGCUACUCUCGCCAGCGCGACCGAUAAAGGUCAGCAAAUCGCUGCAGAAGGCUCGACGGUGGAUAGGAACAACGUAACAGAGCAACUGCAGUCCCUGAAACAACAGUUACAGGGUCUAAGGAGAGCCGUAGAGACACAGAGAGAACAACACGAAUUGGCCGCGGCGGAACACAAGAGGCUGGCGAACGAACUGGCGGAGAUUUUGGACUGGUUAGAAGAUGAAGAGAAGGAAGUGAAGUCGAGGCCUCUUCUGGAAAGGGAUCCAACCAGUGUCGAAGGCGAAUUGAAGAAGCACAACGAGCUCUGCAAAGCUGUCAACGAACAUCUGGAUAGAAUCAGGAACUUGAAGAACUCUAUACCUUAUGAAGAAGGGAUGCCUGGAUCGUUGAAGGAGAUGCUCAGCGAAGCCGUGUCCCUGCUAUCGUCUUUGCCCAGGGAAAUGGAGGAACGUGGAAAUUACUUGGAAAGUAAUAUGAAGAUGAGACAGGAGUACGCUGCGCUUACUGACAAGCUUCAGAGUUGGGUCCGAGAAGCGGAAAUUCGGCUGGAGAACGAUAAGGAUGGGCUGGACUUUGAGAACAUCCUUAGCGACCUGGAGGAGCACAAGAUUUACUUCAGCACCGAGCCGUCUAUCCGCGAACUGGUGUCCCAGCAGAUUCAACAGGCGGCCGACAAGAUCUGGCCGUCGCUAAAAACGUCAGAACAGGAGGAACUGAGCGCUGAACAACAGCAGCACACUCAAUUGUUGAAGAACACGCUGAACACCGCGAAAUCUCAACGAGCCAGGCUCGAGCAAGGCGCUGAAACCUGGAGGGACUACUCGCAGACUUUGGAACGGGUUCGAGCUGUCAUCGCGAGAACCAGAUUCACGGACGAACCAGUCACCACAUUGGCUGGCUUGCAGUUUAACAUUCAGAAAAUCACGCACGCUCUCAAUGACAUACAGAACCAACAGUUCGAACUAGAUCUCCUGAAUGAACGAGGCGAGGAAGUCCUCCGAUUGGCAGAUGCCAGCAACAAGAAGACGAUAGAAACCCAGAUCUCCGAGGUCACCGCCGAAUGGAAGGAAUUGGUCUCCGGUUUAGAGGGUCGCAGAGACGCCCUGGAAGCGCUCUCGAAACACUGGGAAGAUUUGGAAGCCCAAUGGUCGAUCAUCGAGACCCGUGUCAAUGCCACCGAAGAAAAGAACAAGCUCGUGGAUACUGUGGUUCGAUCGAAGCAGCACUUACUUGACACCAUCAAAGCUUUGCACGAAUUAGUGUCGGAAGCUCAGAAGCUGAAACCGAUGACGGAGGAAGUAAGAGCCCUGGCAGGACCUGUUCUCGCGUAUCUCGCAGCUUUCACCGAGGCUCCGGCGCACGCUCUCGAGAAGAAACUGGACAAACUACAGGGUUCCGUCGAAGCGCUCGUCGACUCCCUGCAGACGAAAUCCCAGAAGGCGGACGAGGACUUGGAGGCGUUCGAGAGCACCGAGCGUGAGAUCGAGCACCUGAGGAAGCGUCUGAACGAGGCGCGUGAUCGCGCCUCGAGCCUCCACGUGUUCGGCCCGGACCAGGACGCGACCGAGGAGCAGUUGGAAGAGCUACGGACGACCGUCGAGGAUCUCCUCGACACCGCGAAGAAGUUCGCCGGAAGCACUAAGGCGCGGUACCAAGCUAGCCAGCAGCUUGUCCCGAGUGAUCUAGCCCAGCACCUGACCGGCCUAGAACUCUGCGCGGAGGCAACCGCACAGGUGAUGGAGGAGAAACAGAGGGAACAGAAACGUGCCAGAACAGUCAGGUCGGACUAUUUGACCGACCUAGACGAGGUUCAGGCGUGGAUACGACAGGCCGAGCUGAAGGUUCAAGACCGUUCGGUCGAGCCUGGCCCUCUGAAGGAGCAAUUGAAACAGGUACAGGAUGAAUUGGGCACGAUCACCGACAAGCUCGAACGACUAACGAGAAACGGGCGCACGAUCGCCGAGAACACGAGGGACGACACCGAGAAACAGCUGAUCGACAGCACCGUGCACAACGUCACCGAACAGUUGAAUCAGGUCAGGAAUUGGCUGGACGAGAGGAAACAGGUGGUCGCUGACACGAUCGACGCCUGGCAGCGAUUCAUGACGUUGUACGAGGCGGUCAAGGCGUGGACCGAGGAGAAGAAACAGUUCCUAGUUGAGCCGUUGAAGCUCAUCACCCUCGUGCAGGCCAGACAGAGGCUGCACGAGUAUUCGACAGCCGUGAAGAGCUGCAAGCAGAUCAACAAGAAUCUCAGCGACAUGGGCAAAGAGCUCGAGAGUAUCGGUCAGGUUUGCAGCGUGGGCGAUCUGCCCGAGAAGCUGUUGGAGGCGGAGGAGGCUAAGGUGCACGUGGAGGGUCAGCUGUUGGAGAGGAACGCUCUGCUGCAAGAGACCAGCGAGGAAUGGGAGCAAUGCGAGAGGAAGAUGAAGGAGGUGAAGUCGUGGAUCGAGAAGGCGAGGCAGAGCCUCGAGUCGCCUCAGGGCAAGAAGAAACCGCUCAGGGAUCAGCACAGCGUACGGGAAAAAAUGCUCAGCGACGUAGCGAUACAAAAGACCAAGAUCAGUAUAUCGAUGGAGAAGCUACAGGUACACUUCCGAUCCGGGAUCGGCGGUGACAGUCGGAUCGGGGAAACCGUGGACGAGCUUCUGGCCGAACUGGACAGCCUUCAUGGAACCGUGAAAGAACAGGCGACGUCGUUGGAGGCCUGCUUGACACAGAUCGAUCAGUAUCAACAGGAGAUACAGCAGCUGCGACAGCAGAUCAUGCAGGUGGAGCAGCAACUGAGGACGGUGCUCAGCCCGACGUACCUGUCCGCGGACAAGGAGAAGGCAUUGCAGGAGCAACAGUUCUGCCGUGAGAAGAUCAAGUCGUUGCAGAGCAAAAUUCAGGCGCGCACGGAAAGGUCGAAGAUUCUCGCGCAACGCGGCACGCCCGAUCCAGAACCGUUGGAUCCAUGACAGUAGAGGGACGGUCGGAUGGUUGACAGGCCUUCCGGACACGAUACGUCCUCGUUCUGACAGCUAGUGUCGUAACGAUCCUCGCGUUUACUCGUUUACUCCUGUGUACUUCCAUCCGGAACGAUGACAGAGUCGGUG